UCCUGCUCCACCGCCCCCCUCACUCUCCCUCUCCGACGCCCGUCGAUCCUCUCGCCGCCGCCGCCGCCUCCCUGACUACAACGGCGACAAGGCAGCCCUUAAUUUUCUCUUUUUCCAGUCUGUCCUUGUUAUUCUUGUGCCGGCGACUCCCAGAGACAGUCUCUGGUGACCAAGUUCGAAUCGAAAUCAGCUCAGCUUCUCUCUCAUGGCUCAAAUCCCUAAUCUCGACAAUUCCCCUCUCAAUCUCGCUUCUCUCAGGGAGCAAUCUCAGAAGGAUCUUCUCAACAUUUUGAAGAAUGUUCGUGGAAAGAAAUGCCUCGUCAUUGAUCCGAAGCUCGCGGGUUCGCUCUCACUAUUGAUUCAGACUUCACUCCUCAAGGAAAGCGGUGCUGAACUACGUUAUCUAUCUGAGGAACCUGUACAAACGGAAAGUAGCAAAGUUGUUUAUCUUGUCCCUUCGCAGCCUAACUUGAUGAAGUUUAUUUCCUCAAAUAUUCAGAAUGAUCUAUCGAAAGGACUUAACAAGGAGUAUUCUGUGUAUUUUGUUCCACGCUCCACGGUUGCUUGUGAGAAGAUUCUUGAAGAGGCGAGUGUUCGUAAUCUGAUAACUUUGGGGGAUUAUCCUUUGUACACAUUGCCAUUGGAUGAGGAUGUACUAUCUUUUGAACUUGACCUUGCUUUUAAGGAGUGUCAUGUGGAUGGUGAUUUGAGUCCUCUUUGGCAUAUUGCAAAAGCCAUUCAUAAGCUGGAGUUAUCCUUUGGAGUCAUACCAAGUGUGAGGGCUAAAGGCAAAUCUUCAACAAAGGUUGCUGGUAUUCUCAAUAGGAUGCAAGUGGAGGAGUCAGUUAUCCCAUCCGAUGUUGGAAUUUCUGAGAUAAAUACACUCAUCUUGAUAGAUAGGGAGGUUGAUAUGGUGACACCAAUGUGCUUUCAGUUAACAUAUGAAGGAUUACUGGAUGAGAUUUUGCAAAUUAAUAACAGCUCGGUUGAGGUUGAUGCAUCUGUUAUGGGUUCCCAACAAGAUGGGAAAAAGGAUGUGAAAAAGGUUAAGGUCCCACUUAGUUCAAGUGACAAGUUGUUCAAGGAGAUUCGAGAUCUCAAUUUUGAAGUUGUUGUGCAGGUUUUGCGCCAAAAAGCAACUUCAAUCCAGCAAGACUAUGCAGAAGUGAAGUCUACAACACAAAUAUCUGAGCUGAAAGAUUUUGUGAAGAAGUUGAACUCACUACCAGAAAUAGCUAGGCACGUAAAUCUUGCUCAACAUUUGCAAACUUUUACAAGUAAACCAUCAUUUCAUGCCAGACUUGACAUAGAACAGACGAUGUUGGAGUUACAGAACUUUGAAAUAUGCCUCGAGUACAUUGAGGAAAUGAUUCACAAGCAGGAGCCUAUCGUGACUGUCUUGCGCCUACUGGUGUUAUUUUCCAUUACUAAUUCUGGUUUGCCUAAGAAACACUUCGAUUCUUUGAGACGGGAGCUGCUUCAUAGCUAUGGUUUUGAGCAUAUGUCCACAUUGUAUAAUCUUGAAAAAUCCGGGCUUCUAAGGAGACAGGAAUCUAAAAGCAACUGGCCAAUUGUUUCUAAAGCUCUGCAACUUAUUGCUGAUGAGACAGACACUCCCAAUCCCAAUGAUAUCUCAUACAUCUUUUCGGGAUAUGCCCCUCUUAGCAUCCGCCUAGUACAACAUGCAAUUAGAUCUGGAUGGCGAUCUAUCGAAGAUAUUCUAAAGCUGUUGCCUGGACCACACCUUGAUUUAAAGAGAGCUGGUUCUGCUAGCAGUUCAUUUGAUGCAGUGCAAGGAGCACAGUCUACUCUUGACAGGGUUGCUGAUGGACGCCGUGCUGUUGCAUUAGUCGUCUUUAUUGGAGGGGUCACUUAUGCAGAGGUUGCUGCUCUUCGUUUUCUGAGUUCACAGGAAGGAAUGGGCUAUGACUUCAUUGUUGGCACAACCAAAAUGGUGAAUGGUAAUAGCAUACUCGAGACUCUCAUUCCUAACAGCAGAUGAAUUUUGGGAAUACUGAAAGCUUUCACUUAAAGCAGACCCCACUUCAAUAGAGUGCGCUAUCCAUCAAAGCUUGUUUGUCUUCUCCUGAUUCCUUGUAGGCAUCAUAUCUGGCAUCAAAUGUAUUCUUGUUAUAUGAUUCUUGUUUCUUUCUCUUGGGAUGACCAUCCUCAUGUUCUUGGGGAUGCAUGCGGUUUUUGUAAAUAGCUAUAGCUCCAGGAUAGUAAUGCUUGUGAGAAUCAUCUUUAUUUAUUUAUUGUUAUUUUUUUUGACUCC